CCAGAGAGGACAGUGCGACCGUUAAACGUGUGGUGUCGAAAUGAACUGUUGAUGAAGCUAUAGUAACGAAAAUAUUGAUUUUUAGUAAAAUUUGAAACUCAUCAUCUGCAGCCGAAAACACCACUCUUGAUUUUGAAACGGCAUGGAGCUGGGGAUGUUAUUCCCUCGGAUCCGGAAACAGCCGCUAUCUGCCCUCUCGCUGGGUUCAUCGUCAAUACGUGAUCAUAAAGCUGAAAAGACUGUUUUUUUUUUUAAUGAGGUUUGGUGGAAUCUCAUUCUAUGGCCUCGGGAUUUGCGGCUGUGUAUGACAGGCAUAAAACCGGAGAUUGCUGCUUCUGUCUGGGUCUUUGAGCCGGACUCCUUGAAAUCUGCUUUUCGUCUUGCAGGGUAUAAGGAAGAGGAGCUUGCGAGCUGGAGGAGCACCAUAGGGCGCUAUCCGCGUCCCAGUGGCACCGGUAGCAGCAGCGGUACUGGUAGCAAAGGAGGAGGAGGCGUGGCUGGAGCCACUGCGGGCGCUGGGGGACCUACGGCGGCGCCGGCGCCAGUUGCUGCGGCGAGGGGAGGAAUGCGGCCACCACCUAAGGGGUUUGUGCGGCUGUCCCCUGCAGAGAUCGAGCGGAAGAGGCGGGAAGGGAAGUGCUUUAAUUGCGACGAGCGGUUCACGAUAGGUCACAAGUGCGCAUGUCCCGAUUUGAUGAUGUUGGUCGGAAGGUGGGAGGAUGAGGCGGCUGGUCGAGUUCGCAUUUUUUGAGGACUGUACCAAAAAAUAAAUUUUAUGAUUUUGACCUAAAAGCAAACAAUUAUUAGAAUAUAAAUAGCGCCUAAUUGGUAUAAGGGGUCCAGUGGGCUACGGGUAGGUAGCCCGUAAGCCCCUGUGCACCCCUUUUUUCCAGUCCCGAGAUCCACUCCUUCCUUCUCGACACUUCUUUCUCAUCCAUCUGUGAUCCUCCCAUCUUCUGAUUACAUCUGCGUUGAUUAAUUUUCCUCUACGGACUGACUGCCCAUUGGCAAACUGGCGACUGCCCAAGUUGCUACAGGAGAGAAGCCUCGAACUGGGUUGGUAACAUAGGUCUUCAUGCACCUUUUUCUGCUCCUUCUUCGAUGUCCCUACGUUGUCUCUCUGGCGGCUGGUCUAGUUCGCAUCUGCCCAAGCUGAAAAGACUGUUUUCUUUUAAUGAGGUUUGGUGGAAUCUGUAAACAUAGAUCAUAAUAGCAUGGAUCUUAGAAUUAGAUGAUUUCACGAAUCGAUAAUAGAUCGUGAAACCUACCUCGAUCCAUGAGAGCGGCUGCGGCGCUGGAGUAGUAAUCACCGGAAUUGAGUUUCUCCCUCUUGACCCCUUUAGGUUUUAGGUUUAGAGAUUUCUGUGAUGGCUAAGAAAUUCUACGUAAUGGGUUGAGAGAGGACCAAUCCUAGAGCUUCUUUAUAUAGGCCCACCAUCAGGGCAUAUUAGAAACUUACCUUUCAUUAACCUAAUCAAUAUAGGAUUUACCUUAUAUAUUAAAUCAUUAAGUGAUAAUUACACUUGGGCCACAAUUAUUCCCUAGUUACCUACGGGAAUUGGGCUUACAUUCUCCCACUUGGUCCAUGUGUCAUUAUAUAUCACAAGAUCUAAUAAUAAACAUAAGUGUGCACAUCAUGAGAUAAAUCCAUAAUAUUUGGUUCACCAUAAAGUCAUAAUCAAGUAUGAAAGCUAGAUUAGGAUCAUGGCGGUUCUGUAUCAAUUUAUCGACAUAGUCUCUUCCAUGUACCACUAAACCAGUCUCAUGCUCAAUAUGACGCAUAACAAGGUAGUCAUAAUGGUCCAACAAUAAUGUCUUCACUAAAGACAAAAAUCUUGU